UCUGUUUCUCUGCGAAUUUGCUCUCCACCUUCAAAUCAUAAGCCCAUCUCUCUCUCUCUCUCUCUCGUCGAGUGAUCCCCACAAGGGGGGGAAGAGUUUCUAAGAUUGUUGCAGGUGGGCUAGGUUGAAGUUUAUAACUGUGGAGCUUACAGAAGGAGGAAAAGAUGGGGAGAGCUCCUUGUUGUGAGAAAGAGGGGUUGAAGAGGGGUCCAUGGACGCCGGAGGAGGAUAAAAAGCUGGUGGAUUACAUUCAGAAGCAUGGGAAAGGCAACUGGAGGACACUUCCUAAGAAUGCAGGUUUAUCAAGAUGUGGAAAGAGUUGCAGGCUUCGUUGGACUAAUUAUCUGCGGCCAGACAUCAGAAGGGGUCGAUUCUCCUUUGAAGAGGAAGAGACCAUCAUUCAACUGCACGGCGUUCUGGGAAACAAGUGGUCUGCAAUUGCUGGAUAUCUGCCAGGAAGGACGGACAAUGAGAUCAAGAACUACUGGAACACCCACAUAAGGAAAAGGUUUCUAAGGAUGGGAAUCGAUCCAGUGACUCACAGUCUUAGGCUUGAUCUCUUGGAUUUCUCUAGUAUAGCUUCCAUUAUCUCAUCUUCUCUCAAUAAUGGCAUUGAUCCUCUAUCCAAUCCUGAGAUACUCAUGCUAGCUAGAAACUUCUUAGCAGCACAGAGGCAGAACAUGACUCACAGUUACAACAAUCAAUGUCCCAUGCCCCACCAGGCAAACUACUCCUUAGGCCCUCAGAUUGAGAACCGAUACGAUGAUUUCAAUGCACGAGACACGAUCAUUAAUAUCCAAAACUCCAACAUAGCAGAUGCCCAAAAUUUGGACCGGACAGAAGCUAUACAAGCAGGUGCCUGUCAUGAGGUGGUAUCAGGUGCUCAUACUUUUGACAUCUCAACAAAUCUGCAAGAAGGUUUAUCUCCAUCCGUUGAUCACUGCCUCUUUUAUUCUUCAACAGUGCACUCGGACAUUGACAUUUCCCCUUCCACUUUGUACUCAACUGAUGACCAAAAUUGCAACCAUUCCGCAACGAUCUCUGCGCAGAGUCCCGGAUCUUGUGUGCCUUUGAAUCCAAUGCCAAUGGAUUCAGGAAGUUCUAUUGAAGAUGAGAGGGAGACCUUCAUCAACAACUUGCUGCGUUUUGCAAGUCUUGAACUCCUUGGAAUCUGAUAUUAUCUGUUUUUGUUUGUAUUCCCUCAACUUUUUUUGAUGCCUUUGAUCAUCUGUACAUAUAAAAAAACCCGCCGUGUAUUAUCUAUAUAAACUGUCACCUUUGGUCUGCUGUAAUUCGCAUGGCUAUCUUUGCAAACAAAGAACAGUGAUCUGUCGGAAAAGGACCAAAGCUUGUGGAUUUCCAGAGGUCCUUGUAGACUUGCAGUUAUCCGGAGCAUGGAAACUAAAAGCUUGUCGAGUAGUUAAUGAGUAACAAAAAAGACCUUGAACACCACCGGCCGGACAACCACUAAAGGCCGAACGAAUCGCCGAUUUCCGACAACCGAAGUCCGCAUCUUGACGAGGGGCCGGCCAACAGCCGGACGCAAGUUCAUCACGCGUAAAAGUCGGAGACUCCCGAGAAGAGGCGCUGGCGCUGCCGACUUACAUUAGUAGAAGCCACGGACUGAUAAGAGACCAACAACGAUCUCGUUGCUUCUGCAGGUAGAUGCGGAGUUGGGACCACAUGCCACCUGUCCUGAAUCAUUAUUGGCUCCAAAAGUGCUGGGCCGCUCUCCCAGUUUACACGUCAUCGUGGUCCUUACGCUGCUAAUAAGUGGUCCCCACACAGAAAACCUCUCCCUGUUAUUUCUGUAUUCAUCAAAACGCAAAUUUUA